GGCAUUCUCUUUUACGCACACGAUGGUAAGGAAGGAGUUGAUGACCGAUUUGUGUCAUCUCAUUGGUCAAUCUAUCUCGUUGACGUUUUUAAGGCGCUAAAAAAAUCGAUAAACUGCUCGUACGAACUCAAAGAUCCUAUCCUACCGCAAGAUUUCGGCUCCGAAGUUAGAUCCGUCUAUGAAUAUGAUAUAGGUCAGAAGUACGGAGUGCAUGUGCAGUCUCAAAAUGUCAUCAAAUAUUUCGAAUCAAUUUCUACCGCGGAUGUGGAUUAUUCUGUCACCGUCGACUCCUGCGUGCUGUGUUUCGUAACUCCACACAGUCAACCAAUGCCGCAGUAUUUGGUGAUUUUUAAAGCUUUCACGCCAGUCGUAUGGUAUUUCAUCGUGAUUACGAUCACGAUAUUCAUUCUCAUGCAGCAUCUUUUUCAGUUUUCUCAACAGAAAAUUUUUCGGGCUUUCUAUUCGGAUGCAGAAAGAAGUUCUUACGAGGGCUCCUCAUCAAUGUUGACAAUCUUCUCCUACUUCAUUUGUGGCAGCCCUCCACGUUUGCUCUUGGGUCGCUUUUACACGGGUAAGGUCCUCUUCACCGUAUUCAGUUUCGCCACGAUCAUUAUCUCCACGGUUUUCUUGGACGGCAUGACGACUCUGCUAACAAAACAAGUUCGAUACCCAGAAAUCGAUUCUCUGAAAGACAUGGAGAACGCAAACAUAUUUAUACAAGUGUUAGACGCGGAAAAAGCCUCGAGAUUCUUUUUGCAGGAAAAUAAGUACAAAACACUUGCAACCAAACUUACACAUAGCUCAUUCUUGCUUGAAGAUGUUCUUACGGUGGGGAUGAGUGAAGAUAGGGAAUUUUUUCAUGAUACAGAAUACCUCACUAACUUGACCAGUUUUACAAUGAAUUCAACACGCAGGGCUGAAUAUCACGAUUAUUAUCUGAAAAAUAUAAUGAAUCUGCGUGCUAUUCAUGAAUCGGACGCAUACUUGGAGAGUAUUCCUCAAGCCCUUAUCUCUAAGCAAAGUAUUUCUAUUGAGCGCUUCUUCGAGGAGCGUCCCACGAGCUACCACUUGGUCGAGGAGUCUCUUAUGACGUAUCCUUUAUCAUUUACCUUUGUGAAGAACUCGUUCCUCUUCGAAAAGUUUAAUAACAAACUUGCGCAGAUGUUGGAAGCUGGUCAUGCCGAAAAAGACGUGCAACCAGUUCUGCGUUACUGGUUCAAUACGACUGAACGUGGUGAGCCACGCGAUCAAUGUGAACCGAGACCGUACGAGUUGAGAGAUUUGCGAUUGGCGUUUAUGGCUUUGUCGAGUGGUUUGUUUUUGAGUUUCCUUGCUUUUUUGGUCGAGCUUUACACUGAAUUUUUUGAAAAUUUAAAAAAAUUGAAAUUUUUAAUGCGCAUAAGAAUGCUUUUUUCUAUUAGAAAAAAGAGAGGUUGAAUGAGUCAUAACAUUCCCUUGGAAGAGUUCACCGAAUGAAUUUUCAGUGGAAAACUCAGUGUAAAAUCGUUCGCACGUGAUGGUUCAUAGAAACGAACAACUAAAGUUACGUUUAUUUUGGCUAUUUAGAAAUUGGAUUACAUUUUGCACUAAGGAACCAAUAUUUCUGGCUCAUUUUAGAAUCGACAUGUAUGCCAUUGAUUUUCCCAUGCAGAUACGUGUUUUUAUGGAGAAGUUAGAGAUGGUGGUUCCUUAUAUUGCACAAUGUAAUCCAAUUAAUGACAGUGCGCUGUGAAUAAGGUCUACGCCUAGUGGAUUACAUUUUGCAAUAAGGAACCACUAUCUCCGGCUCUUCUUUAUAAGCGCCUAUCUGCGUAGGAAACCAUUAGCAUAUAUGUUGUUUCUAAAAUGAGCCAGAAAUAGUGGUUCCUUAUUGCAAAAUGUGGUCCUAAGCUCAUACGCACUUCUAGACUGCAACAGAGGAUCGUCUGUCGGCACUUUUACAUGUGAAGUAACUAGGAGAGGCAAGAUAGGGAUCUUCUGACGCAGUCUAAAAGGGCGUAUACUUUUUUGCCGUGGACUCUACGAAUCUGAAGCCAGCCACUUUUUCAACCUUGUAGUUUUGUAGUUUCUGUCGGUAUAACUUCGAAACACACGUGUUUUGAUAAUUGUU